AUGAAGCGCAUAGUAUUGAGCUUACUGUGUAUAGGCAUAUGCUUAUCCAUUAGUAAUAGAAGUGUGCAAGAAACACUAAUUGCUGAGAUGGACAAUGAACACGUAAAUGAGCAUGACUAAUUGAUCUUUCGUAAUUGGAUGUUAGAAUAUGGCAAAUCAUAUGACAAUGAUUUUACAGCAAUACAUAGAAUGCAGAUCUUUAUGAGAAAUAAGAAAAACAUUGAAAAACAUAAUCAUGUUGGAGCAAAAUAUAAAGCUAAAUUGAAUGAAUUUUCAGAUUAAGAUUAUGAUGAGUUAUCAUUGAAAAUGUUCAUGCAUUUAGAUUUUAGCGAUGACGAUUUUAAAUUCGGCAAUCCACAUUUCUUUAGCAAAGAAGACAUCAAGGAAUUGCGAAAUCAUCCCAUCCUGACUCAAAUGAGAGAAUAAGCAAGGAAAGGAGACUCUUUGGAUUGGACAAAGCAAGUAACACCCUCCAGACCAUAAGGAACAUGCGGUAGUUGUUGGGCAUUCUCCUCCUCUGAUGUUGCAAUAAGUAGACUUGCAUUGAAGGGAAAGGAAGACUUAACCCAAUUGUCAAAGACUCAUUUAAUAGAUUGUUGUGUUGGAGAUAAGAAUAAGGGAUGCAAUGGAGGAUCUCCUAUUGGUGCAUACAAAUUCAUAAAUGAGAAUGGAGCACUCAAGGAGAAUGAAUAUAGAGAAUAUGACGCUACAUAACAAGAAUGUAAAAAGCCAGUAGGAACAAUUGGCAAAGGUCAGAUAGCUGAUGUUGAAAAGGUAGACGAUCCAAAUUUUGAACAAAUUAAAGAGGCUCUUCAAGAUGGUCCAGUCACUGCCUUAAUGUAUGCAGACAAAUCAUGGUUCGAAUAUGGAGGUGGUAUCAUUGACACUUGUAGUUAUGUCGGAGCCAAAGAGCUCAGCCAUGCAGUUGUCAUUGUUGGAUAUGGAAAAGAUCAUUAUAAAGUCAAAAACUCUUGGGGACCAGGCUGGGGAGAAAAUGGAUUUUUUUAGGUUCAAAGAACUGGAGCUCCUGAAUGUUUGGAUAAGAUUAAGAAGAUUUCGUACCCAAUUAUUUAAUGA